CGGAAGGAACCGUCUUCGAAACAAGUUACUGUGAAAAGUGCAUACUCCCGAAAAAUGUGCACCGUUCAGAUUUUCAUGUCGUUAUUUGUGUUCUGUGUGUAGUCAACGUCACAAUUUAUUAAGUGCUCCAUGUGCGUAUAAAAUUCUACAGAUGUGCUGUUAGAAAUGAGCAAUGUAUAAAAAAGUAUAAACUUAAGAAUUUCGAACAAAUUCCAUUUGGAAUCGUUGUUUUCUGAGAAUAUUUAUCGGGUAAUAGGAAGUGGAGGCUACAAUUUAAGGACAGCAUGCACUAAAAAUAUUCAAGUGUAGCUGGCUCCAAAUAAGACUAAACAUCUUAAGUGCGUUACAACGUCCAUUAUCUAUGAGAAGUGUUGAUACAAGAAGAGGAUUUCAGAAGCUGACGACAGCAUGUCUCUCUUCUACGGUGGACGCGUCGUGUGCAUGCUGGUGGUCGCAGCGCUGUCUGUUGCAGGUCAGAGUGCAUCGCAGACGCGCCGCCGAAGCGCUAUGCCGGGAACUGGCGAGAUCGAAUCCAUGGCCAAUUUCGCAUUAACGGUGUGGCGCUUCUCGCAGGCGGACGUGGACGCGCAGCGGGUGCUGCUGGUGCCGCCGGAGUCUGCGCCCGCGCAGCCGCUCGCGCUGCAGCUGCGCGCCACGCUGGGGCCUUCAGGGGCGGAGGCGGCGCCGCCGCGCACGCUGCGCGUCCGAGUGCGCGAGCCGGCAGCCGCGCCGCCCGCCUUCCGCCAGCCGAACCCCGUGCUGCGGUUGGAUCAGGUGACCAAACUCGACAUUGGAAAGCAGUAUUUUGAGAUUGAAGGGAUUGAUGAUGAUGAUCCCAACUUAAUAUUUGUAGUUACAGAAGCACCUGUAAGUGGCUCACUUUUAUUUGUACAUGACAGAAAAUCUGCGGUUAAUCUUCAUGGAGGACAGGAAUUUUAUCUCAGAGACUUUUAUAAUGGAUCAGUGCAGUACAGAUAUCAUGGUGACAAAAGCAAGAUGAAAGAUUCUUUUGAAGUUCUUGCAACUGAUGGGAAUUUCGAGAUAUCAAAUCAUUUUACUGUGGAAGUUUUCUCCAAACAAAACAAAAAUGAUGUUAGAAGAGAGAAAAUAUCAGUAAAUCCGCUAGUCUCUUCCGUUCAGUUUGCAAGCGAGUCAGAAUCCAUUUUGGUGUUCGAAAAUACCACAUUGGUUCGAGUGCCAGUGCACCGAACAGGCGAUGUAAGUCAAGAAGGGUUUGUAGGAUGCUUCACAAGUACGGAAAAUAAAGGAUUUUCGUCGGCCACACCCGGGCAAGACUUUGAACCAAGAGCACGUGGUGCAAACAGUUCACUGUUAAUAUUCCAUUCAGGAAUAAAAACUGUUUAUUGUGAAAUUAUUAUCAUUGAUGAUGACGUAUAUGAAAACGAAGAAGAAUUUUCUCUCAAUCUGGAGUUAGUUCCAGGAAACAUUAUUUCAUCUUUGCUGAAUAGGACACAACUCAGAAUAACGAUUUCAGACCUUGACGACAAGCCAACUAUUCAGUUUGAUCGAGAAUAUUUUACAGUUUCAGAUAAUAUUUACAGAUUUAAUCCUGGCAUCGCCACAUCUAUUACAAUAAAUGUACUGAGAACUGGAGAUUCUUCUUUACAAAGCCGGGUACACAUAAGCACACAAGAUGGUAGUGCCGUAAAAGGCCUAGAUUAUGAACAAUUCUCAACAUCCCUAUUGUUUAGUCCUGGAGAUACAUUGCGUGCCAUUAAUAUUUCAGUUCUUCAAGGGCAAAGACACAAUCGACAACGAAGACACGAUCGUGCUUUUUAUGUGGUCAUUAAUCCACACGACAUAUUGGGGGCGGUGCUAGGAGAGGCAUCCACCGUUACAGUUUUCAUUGCGCCUCCCGACGAAGGACAAAGGUUGAAACUGUUUCCAUCCGAACCUAUAAUUUUAUCCUUUAAAAAUGGAGAUAUUAGCAACUUUACUAAUGUAGUAUCUCCUGGAUAUCCGUUGGUUUGUAUUAGCUCUUGUAAUAAACUUCACCCUCUUUUUAAUACGACUAGUAAACUGUGCCAUCUGACAGGUAUUGAAGAUUCAAAUAACACUUACUUUUCAUGGGAGAUUGCUCCUCCUUACAAGGGAACAGUUAGUCGUGUAACAACACAUCUCCCUUUCAAAGAACUUUUUGAAUCUACAGUAUUUGCUGAUGUACAUUCUAAAAUAUUAGACCCUUCGUUUUUUGGCGAAAAUUAUAAAGUUCGUUGUGCUACAACUCCUGUAGAAGGUAACGGCCUUCCACCAUUGGGGAUACCAAUCAAAAGCCAAGAAAUACUUAUCGGAGGAAAAAAUGUUAGUAGGUGCCCCAUACGUUCAACAGAACUAGAACUAUUUAAUGGUGAACAUAUUGAUGAUAGCUCAGUAUUUACUACAACAAUGAAAUAUGUAAGUUCAUCGGAGAGAAAUUCAGAUCGUAGAAACAAAAUUCAUAUUAAAGUGGAAGUCCCUCAUAAUGAUGGAAUGCUACCAUUGAUAUCUACAUCGCCGUUAUCAAACAUCCAUUCACUACUCUCAUCAAGGCACCAUAGUAGUGAGCACACAUGUUCCAAUUUGCCUCCAUCAGGGGUCUUCUUGAAUACAGUCUCUGAUAAUAUUGUGAAUAGUUCUCUACUGUAUUCUUCGGAAGGAAAUGUAACAAAUCUCCUGUACAGGCAUUUAAAUUAUACUUCGUGUAAAUGGACGUUCGAAGGAUGGUUUUAUUUAAGUCAAUUAAUAGAGAACUGUCAUGGAAAAAUUUCUUCUCAACAUCAGAACUGCACUAACACAGUCGAAAAGAUGCUUAUGAUUGCUAUUAUACGCUAUGAUACAAGACACGAUCAGAGCUGGGUGAGUGUACAAGUCCCUCUGUACAUUGUAUUGCACCAUGCAAACGGACCCGCUGAAUUACAUCACACUCGACUACUUGUGUCAUUCCAUUACUCAACAUCUUUGGGUCACAGUUUACAGCAAGACUAUAAACAGUCCGACGCAGACAUUCAGAAGUUGUAA